AUGCGUCAAGCUUCUGUACAUCCCCGUAUGAAGGACAUUCUUCGUGAGAAAUCGGAUGAACAGACUCUCCGCCUCUACUGGGCGACAAAAGUUGAUGAAGCUGAGCAAGCAGUAACGAAGAAAGAGCAGAACGUUCGACGUCUUCAAGCACAGAAAAAUGAAUUAAACGGGAAAGUAGCAUUAUUGAAAGAUGAAAUUCAAAGACUACACGAACAAGCUAGUCAUGUUGGGGAAGUAUGCAAAGCUAUGGAUAAGAAGAAAGUACUUGUGAAGAAUAAUCCAGAUGGAAAAUAUAUUGUUGAUGUUGAUAAAGACAUCGAUAUCAAUCAAUUAGUAGCUGGAACACGUGUUGCUAUGAAAGCAGAAAGUUACAUGAUUCACAAAAUUCUUCCGAAUAAGGUCGAUCCAUUGGUUUCACUCAUGAUGGUUGAAAAAGUACCAGAUUCUACAUAUGAAAUGGUUGGAGGACUCGAUAAACAGAUUAAAGAAAUCAAAGAAGUUAUCGAGCUCCCUGUCAAACAUCCGGAAUUAUUUGAUGCACUUGGAAUCGAACAACCGAAAGGAGUUCUUCUUUAUGGACCACCUGGUACUGGUAAAACACUUUUGGCUCGUGCUGUUGCUCAUCAUACUGAAUGUACUUUCAUUCGUGUUUCUGGUUCGGAACUUGUUCAGAAAUUCAUUGGAGAAGGCGCCAGAAUGGUUCGUGAACUGUUUGUAAUGGCUCGUGAACAUUCUCCAUCAAUCAUUUUCAUGGAUGAAAUCGAUUCAAUUGGAUCUAGCCGUCUCGAGGGAUCACGCGGUGGAGAUUCAGAAGUACAGAGAACAAUGCUUGAGUUACUCAAUCAGUUGGACGGUUUUGAGGCUACAAAAAAUAUUAAGGUAAUCAUGGCCACGAAUCGUAUCGAUAUUCUGGAUUCCGCUCUUCUUCGCCCUGGACGUAUCGAUAGAAAGAUCGAAUUCCCGGCUCCGGAUGAGAAAGCCCGUGCUCAAAUUCUGAAAAUUCAUUCAAGAAAAAUGAAUUUGAUGCGUGGAAUUCGAAUGGAUAAAAUUGCGGAGAAAAUUCCUGGAGCAUCUGGAGCAGAAGUAAAAGCUGUUUGUACAGAAGCUGGAAUGUUUGCACUUCGUGAGAGACGUAUUCAUGUUACACAAGAAGAUUUCGAGAUGGCUGUCGGAAAAGUGAUGCAAAAGGAUUCGGAUAAGAAUAUGUCUGUCAAAAAAUUGUGGAAGUAA